AUUUCGGAUUCAGUACCCGCGAGAACGGCCGUGUUACCGCACGUGCUUUGAACGUGUUUGAAAAAAAAAUAAGCCCGCCAAAACCAAACGAACAUUUCGUAAACGGAACGUGGAUAAAAAAAUUCAAAUGUGAUUUUAAUGGAUUUGACGGUCAACGGUGAACUUGCUAGUUCAGUUUAUAAUUAAGGUUUUUACAAUUGCGUGAAGGCGUAAACGAGGACAAUACAGAUAACGUGACAAGCUUUUCGGGGCUUGUGAUUCAUAGUGACAAUAGUGCGGCGGGGAUAUCAGUCUGUGCUCCGACUAUGCGAAGACGGCCGUGCACCUAGACGCCUCCAAACCUCUCGCGGCAUUAUGCAAUCGCGGCCGUAAUAGCGCUUCGAACGUAGAUUAUAUUGACUUAGACAGUUGACAUUUCACGCCAAUGCCGCAUUACUGAGAAUGGCGUUGGCGAAUUUUACGCUGGCGUCGGUCGCAGCGGCCAGUCCGGCCCUUGUUGAUACGUCCCCAGUGCCUGGACCCUUGAGGCUCGGUCUAGAUGACCUUCUUUACUCUCCAAAGGACCACCAGCCAGACAGUGACCCUUUAGCACCUGGCAACGAGCCCUUCGCUCCACCAGUGAACCAACAGCAACGAAGGUCUAAAAUUCGAAAACGUGCUGGCACCGCCUACCUCCCUCCUCCCAACCAGUUUACACAUUACCCGCGUCACGAAGAAGUCCCGCAAAACCCUUACGCGGGACAGCUUCAUACCCAAAUAUAUCAGCAAAAUAGUAGGUUAGACAUACAAAUAGAAAACCAACGAGUGCAAGAAGUGAAUCCUCAGUACGACAACACGGGGCAGUAUGUCCACGAUCCGACGGGGGAUUACGAUUACGAGCAAAGAAGAAUUAAUCAGAAGAGUGGUCCACGACCGCUUUAUAAUCCAGGCUACUCGGACGCGCCUUAUCCACCAGCGACGACACCGAGUCCAACAUCUAGUCGAAGGUUCGAGGGUCCCUCGAACCAGAAUGUGAAUAAUUUCAACUUUAAUAAUGGACCUAUUUCAACCCCAGCGCCGUUGCAACCUCGACCGCAAAUAAACCCUGGAACAAAAGGUGGCAGUGGCGGCAGCAGUGCUCAAACUCCGUCAGACCGGCCUCCCGGUUUCACUAAAGUGGAAACUGGAGGAUCCGGUGGCAAAACACAACUGCACGCCGUUCUCGACUACGACGAUGAAUACUACGACGACGAUACUGGAUCAGAUUCGGGCCAGCCAGCCGUGACGCCGGUGCAAGGGCCGAUUCUGCUCAGAAACGGAUCAGUUCCUGUGGUUCCUCUCACUUCCUACCAGACUGUUAAUAAUGGAUCAUUCUAUCAAAUACCAAUAUUAUGGACAGCUCUCUCCGUGGCACUGGGGUAUGAGCUUCAAGGACAGAUCAUCAGAGGCGUUCCAUGCAUUAAGCGGAACUAUCAGCUCUAUUGCCCUACGGCUGGAAACACCUAUCCCUUAGACAAAAUCGAGGAGUUCAUAGACGAGAACAAGGCGCUGAUAAAACGGAUGUACGGGUCGUUCGCGACCCCUGGCGGCAGCCGCGUGCGACGCGCGCCAGGGGUGCCGGAUAUGCACGCGGGCGAUUCCUACUUCCGACACGUCAGGCAGGCAUCCAACAAGAACUUACCUGAUCCGCAGUCGGUUAAUAGUACUGGCCGAGUGGACUCCUGUCAGAGUAAAACAGAGAUCAUGACGCCUUAUUGGGCUCUCAACUCAGCAAGAAAGCUACGGGCUAUCGUGAAUACAAUGCACUUCGAGCAAGCUAUACACCAGGAAGUUUGCAGCAAAAAAUCAACUGCGCGAUGCUCUGGCGACUGCGGCUGCGAGCAGAAAUACAAAUGGCACCGACUUUUAGCUUACGAUCCUAACGACGACUGUGCCGGAAUCUUUAUGGAUUGGUUCCUCUUCCCUUCUUGCUGUGUGUGCCGGUGUAACCCUUAACUGCACCGUUUACUUGGUGUCACUACUUACAAUCGCGACCAUAAUAUAUCUAGUACACAAUUGCACAUCCCUCACUGCGGCAUUUUCAAGAACUCGUUGGAAUUUUAUGUCCCGUGUUGAGGCUGGUAGAAUAUGAACAUAACGACGACAGUGACCGAAUUCUAAUGGAUCAGUUCCUCUUUUCCUGCUGUGUUAUAUACCAGAGUUAUCUUUAAAUGCCCCAAACUGUAUGACUGCAAUUGCGAGUUGAAGUCGGGAAUUAUUUCUGCUUUCCCCUUUUCCUUCCUGCUGUUUGUACUACAUACUGUUAAUAAUCCUCAUUUGUUCCAAAUUGUGUGUUUGACAGAAGUUAGUGUGAUUUUAGUCCGAGUACCUAAAGUUGCAUUAAAAAUGUUUAUUUUUUGCAAAACAAGUAAAACCUGUGCAUACAAAUGUAGCUUUCUUUUUUUUAAGGAUUGUUACAUGGAGCAUGUUCAAUGAUGAUCAUUCUAUAAGAAGGAAAGGACCUUAUUGCAGUUUGAACCAUUAGUUCCCUUCUAUGAAAGCCACAAAAACUCUGUUUCUUGGAAGUUACAUUUUCAGAACAGUUUUUAAAUUUUUGAAAUUAAAAUAUACAAGCUAGCCGCUAUACCUAUCUAAGCGUUAACUACAAGUCAAAGUUUAAUAUUUAUAAUUUGAAUGUAAAUAGAUUAUAAAAUAAUGUAAAUAUUUGAAAUUGAAUUGAAACUGUUGUUUUCCUUUUCAUAUAAUCAUCUAUGAUAAUAGUUCUAUUAACAUUAUAGAUUUAAUGAGAAACACUGCCAUUGUACAGUACAUUUUGUAUUAUUUAUUAGGAUAAAGAAUACAUAAAGUUGGAGUCCGGACAUCAACGCAAAGUUGUACCGUAUUGUUUAAGUGAUUUUUGUAGUAUUUGAA